AUGCACGACACAGUCACGACCUCUCCCACAACGACCACAUACCGCAAAACAUCAUCAAACGAACUAUUACCCCCAUUUACCCUUUCUUCAAGUCGCCUUUCCCAUCCCAACUCUCUUGGUUGGUCCCAACUACACGACUCUGACGGUGAAUCAAGUUUAGAGGAUUGGCAUUUGUCGACUCCGGAUUCGACCAUUCAUUUGACUGCUAUUGUUCGCCCAGCAAAGUUCAACAACUUACCUUUUUCGUCUACAAUGCCUGCUCGUACAGAAAAACCCACAACUGACCGAGGUGUGACCAACGGCCACCGCUGGCGGUUCAAUAAUAAUGGUCAACUUGUCGAUUCAGAGGCGGCCUCUGCUGGAUGGGAGCUGGCGGACGAGAUCGUACGGUUGAAAAUUGGAGAGGUUACUGGAGAUGCCGAUGACGUCCACGUCCCAAUCCGGACUCCCCCAAAGUCCAAGCUGGCCUCGGCAGCCGUCGCUCAACUUGCCGACACCAGCCCUUUGGAGACAUCGUCCAAUACCAGUGUUGGUUCAUCCCCACACGCAUCCGAUCAUCCUAUUGGUGCCUCCCAUUCUCGAGGUUCUUCAACAGAUACCACGAUAUCUAGCUCGCACGAGUCAAUUGGCGGCAACACUCUUUUGACGCACCCGCCAUUCAAAAGUGGGGCUUCUGUGGAGGCAAAGGAACGCCCCCACUCCUUUAGUGGUGGUCUCUCUAGCGCCGACCUACGUCGAUUGCAGCAGGCUGGUGACUCUGAAAUUGUGGAUCGUCAAUUGCAGCAGCAGCAGCAAUGGGCGCAGAACCAGUACCGCGAAUCUAUGACCUCUGAACCCUCGUACCCGUCCCUUAGCAAUUACGUUCACCGACCACAGCCUCAGCUGCCUCCAAAUAUGUACGACCUGAGAGUGGCUUCCCAGUCUUCCGAUCGCGACGAGCAACAACCAGAUUACCCGCAACAACAACGCGGUUACAACGCGGCUCUCCAUCCCAUGACUGCACAAGCUCCUCCGCCUCAUUUUAUUCAAGGUAGACCCAACAACAAUGUUGCUGGAAUGGCGUACCGGCAGCCAGCGCCUCGUGGUUUUCCUCAACAGGGUUUGCUCCCCAACCCGUCCGCUCUGGGCUAUCAAAACGGCCAACACACCUCUCACCUCUCGCUUGGUAAUACGCAGCAGUUGUAUGACAUGAUGCUUCCAGGGCCACCCCACGAUAGUCACCCAGCCGUGACUCGCGUUCAGCAGCAGCACAACGUCUUCAGGGGUACCCACCAUCACUCUGCGUCCGAUCCUUCCGCACUUCGUGAUGCGGCAACCCUGGCACUUUUAAACAAUAAUUUGCAGACCUUUGGGCCCGCGAUGUUCCAGCCGGGCAUGCCGCCCCCACCUACAAUGCCGCUAUAUCCCAAUCAAUUCUACGGUGCGCCUGACGUGGCGGCCAUGGCACGCCUGCAAGCUCAGUACACAGGUCCCUAUAAUGUUGCUGCUCCGAAUUUGGGGAUGGACGGAAAUGUUUCGAGCCCUACUAGCUCCAGCAGUCAGCAUGGACCAAGUGCAAACAAUAGAAAGCUGGGUUUAUAUAAGACGGAGUUAUGCAGGAGCUGGGAGGAGAAAGGAACGUGCCGCUAUGGUGCCAAGUGCCAAUUCGCUCACGGGGAGGACGAACUUCGCAAAGUGUCCAGGCAUCCAAAGUAUAAAACCGAGAUCUGUCGGACGUUUUGGGUUUCUGGUUCCUGUCCAUAUGGCAAGCGCUGCUGCUUUAUUCACACAGAACUUCCCAGCUCCGGAGCUCCCCCCACCGCCGGCACGCCUGGCGCAGAAAGUGCACCAAUGCAGCAACGGUCUGAUGGCCGUUCCCGCUCGAUGAGCACCAACAGCGACCCGAACGAGGCGUCUCUUUCCCUUCUAGCUCGUAUUUCUGCCAAAAGCAAUCCAACGGCGUCGACUCCAAUUGAUAUGAAUCCCAAUGGCUUCCAAUUCACAGGAGGGCGUCCUCCAACUGGCUCACUUAGAGUAGAUACCUCCGCUUUGGACGGCCCUUCUGUGAAGCAAAACAAAUCCGCAUAUCCCUCUUUCGCAAGCAAUGGUAUUCUGUUGCCAGCGCCUGAACCUAUCACAGCGAAGUCACCAGCACCCGUCACUGCUGGGCCUGAUCUCGGAAGACACAACCUUGCUCGUAUGGAAAUUGUUGGGUAUAACAGUAAUUCUAAGAAAAUCAAUACCUCGAAUUCGAACCCACGACAUUCUUUCAGCGGAUCUGAAGAUUUCGGCCCUUCUCCAGGGCAUUCGUUCGCAUUAUCUGGUGAAAAUAGCCACCCUCGAGUGAACGGACAUGUGCGUGCUGGGAGUGCCGGAAAUUGGGGAACUUUUGGCCGUAGCAGCCAUCUCUCGACGUCGACCUUUCCGCACGGCCCAAGCCCUGCUGGCGAAAUUAUGGGAAACUCGCCCUGGUCAACUACUGAUCUCGCUGUCGGCUCUUCUCGCUUGAACGAGAAGACGUGGGCCUGAUCCUUCAUAACGGGAACCUGGAGUAUAUCCCUCUCUAUCAAACUUUUUGCGGCAAUCUUGAGUAUUCGCCGCCUGGUCGGACUUGCCUUUCUUUCCAAGAUAUCCCUUCUUUGUCUUUGCUGUGCUUUACUUGACAUUGAGUAGGAUUUACUCACCGUACUGUUCUCCUCUUUGUAUUGCUUUUCCAGCGCUUUUUUUUUGUUGCGGUCGUUCACAAAAUCAUCCCUCGUCACACAAUCCAGACAUCUUGAUAUCGUCCACAUACUACUUUUAUCCCAACACAUACAUCAUAUAUCGUUGUCGUCAACAGUAACAUGUUUUUAUUCCAUCUCAAUCAUUAUUCUUCAAUAUUCUCC